AUGUCUGACGUCAAGGUUGACGUGAACGCGUUUCACAAACGGUUGUCGUUGGUUCAGCGAACCCUUGUGCAAGAAUACACCGACUUGUCUAAGACGGGACUCUUGUUCUUUGUUGGUGCUAGUGACGAUGAAAACACUUAUAAGAAGUCCACGGUAUUACAGAUAUGGCUUUUAGGGUAUGAGUUUCUUCAGACGUUACUCUUUAUCACCCAGGAUAAGGCGAUCUUUAUUACCAGUGAGGCUAAGGCCAAACAUUUACGUCCAUUAUUGAACAAGCCUUCCCCCAGUUCGUCCGACGUGGAGAUCUGGGCUAGAACCGGCGACGCGGAGCACAACCGUCAGUUAUUUGUCAAGUUGUUGGACAUGUUAAAACUGUUUGGUGAUGGCAAUGCUAUUGGAAGUGUUGUUAAGGACAAGUAUCGCGGGAAACUCAUCAAUGAGUGGGAAGAAGUUAUUAAGGAUGAUAAGGAGAAGUUGAAAUUUGAAGAUUGUUCUGGUUUAAUCAGUGAAUGCAUGGAAGUGAAGGACCUGGACGAAUAUAAUAAUACUCAAAUAGCUUCUAAAUGUUCUGUGGUGAUGAUGGAUGGCUUCAUGGAAGAAAUGAUGGUGAUUGUUGAUGAAGAAUUGAAGACUCUGAAUGCCCAAGUUAGUGAUAAGUUGGAAGAUUCAUUAGAAAAGGAUAACAAAUGGUAUACCAAGCUGGCUAUGGGUAAGAAAUUGUUACACCCAUUGAAAGACUUUGAUGCUGAUAAUACCGAAUGGUGUUAUUCCCCCAUAGUUCAAAGCGGUGGAGAAUAUGAUUUGAGACCCAGUGCUUUAUCAAAUGAUAAAAGAUUAGUAGGGGAGGGAGUUAUUUUGGCUUCUUUGGGUAUUCGGUAUAAAUCUUAUUGUUCUAAUAUUGGUAGAACGUUUUUGGUUGAUCCAACCCCUCAAAUUGAAGAGAAUUACGAUUUCCUUUUGAAAUUACAAGCUCAUAUAAUUUCAAACUUUUUGAAAGAAGGUAAAACUGCCCAAGAAGUCUUUCAAGGUGCCACAGAAUUUAUCAAGACCAAGAACCCUUCUUUAUUGGCUAAUUUCACCAAAAAUUGUGGUUGGCUUAUGGGUAUUGAGUUUAGAGACUCUUCAUUUAUUUUGAAUGGUAAAAAUACCAGAAAGUUGAAGAAUGGUCAAGUAUUCUCUUUAACCAUUGGUUUCAAUAAUUUGACCAACACAAAGGCCAAAAACCCCAAGUUACAAAAUUAUGGGUUAUUAUUAACCGAUACUUUCAAAGUUACUGAAUCAGAUCCGAUUUUAUUGACUAAUUAUCCCAAAUCAAGAUCAGAAGUAUCAUUCUUUUUCAAUGAUGAUGAACCAAACAAAAAGCAAGAAGCUAACAGCAAUAAGGUUAAGUCCGAGAUUAAAUCCGAGAAGAAGGGAGGGGCUUCUUCUUCAGAUAGAAGAACUAAUUCAGUUGAACCUGUGGCUAAUUCUAAAAUCUUAAAAUCCAAAUUACGUCAUGAGUCAAAUCAAACUGAUGAUAAUGCUAAUGCAGAAAAAAGAAGACAAGAAGCCCAACGUAUUUUACAUGGUAAAAGGCAAGAAGAAGGAUUAGCCCGAUUUUCUAAAGCAGAUGCUACGGAUUCUUCUGAUUUGAAGCCAGUUUUCAAGAGAUAUGAAUCAUAUCUUCGAGAAUCACAAAUACCUAACAGUGUUAGAGAUUUAAAGAUUCAUAUUGAUUACAGAAAUCAAACUAUCCUUUUACCUAUUUGUGGUAGACCUGUGCCCUUCCAUAUCAAUUCAUUCAAGAAUGGAUCUACCAAUGAAGAAGGUGAUUUCACAUAUUUAAGAUUGAAUUUUAAUUCUCCUGGUAUUGGAGGGAAUGCUUCACGGAAAAAUGAUUUACCAUAUGAAGAUUCUCCUGAUAAUACAUUUGUUAGAUCCAUGACCUUCAGAUCAAGAGAUAGACAAAGAAUGGUUGAUGUUUUCAAAGCAAUCCAAGAUUUGAAGAAAGAUGCAGUUAAAAGAGAACAAGAAAGGAAACAAUUGGCCGAUGUUGUCACUCAAGCUAAUUUGAAUGAAUUAAAGGGAUCUCGUGUUAAGAAAUUGGAACAAGUAUUCAUUAGACCACAACCAGAUACCAAAAAGAUUGGAGGAGUUUUGGAAAUUCAUGAAAAUGGGUUAAGAUAUCAAUCUGCCUUUAAGAGUGAUCAAAAAGUUGAUAUAUUGUUCUCCAACAUUAAACACUUGUUCUUCCAGCCUUGUAAAGAUGAGUUGAUUGUUAUUAUACAUUGUCAUUUGAAGAGUCCACUCAUGAUUGGGAAGAGAAAGUCUUUUGAUAUUCAAUUCUAUCGUGAAGCUAGUGACAUGGCAUUCGAUGAAACUGGAGGUAGAAAGAGAAGGUACAGAUAUGGAGAUGAGGAUGAAUUGCAACAAGAAGAAGAAGAGCGUAAAAGGAAAGCUUUGUUAGAUAAAGAGUUUAAGAAGUUUGCCGAAUUAAUUGCUGAAUCUUCUCAUGGUAUGAUUGAUUUGGAUAUGCCAUUUAGAGAGUUGGGAUUCCAAGGUGUACCAUUUAGAUCUGCAGUUUUAUGUAUGCCAACAAGAGACUGUUUGGUCCUGUUGGUGGAUCCACCAUAUUUGGUAUUAACAUUGGAAGAGAUUGAACUUGCACAUUUAGAAAGAGUUCAGUUUGGUUUAAAGAAUUUCGAUAUGGUCUUUGUGUUCAAGGACUUUUCCAAACCAGUUGUUCAUGUUAAUACUAUACCAAUGGAAUUGUUGGAGGAUGUAAAGAAUUGGUUAACAGACGUUGAUAUUCCUUAUAGUGAAGGUCCAAUGUCAUUGAAUUGGGGAGCUAUUAUGAAGACAGUUCAAGCUGAUCCUUAUAGUUUCUUUGCCGAAGACGGCGGCUGGACCUUCCUAACUGGGGAUGGAGAUUCUGAUGAAGAGGAAGAGGAAGAAGAAGAAUCGGAAUUCGAAGUCACCGAUGAAGAACCUGAAGAUGAUGAUGAUGAAGAAGCCUACAGUGAAGAAGAUAACUUUUCAAGUGACGGAAGUGGUAGUGAAGGAUCGUUUGAAGAAAGUGAAGGUGAAGACUGGGAUGAGUUGGAGCGUAAGGCAAUAAAGGAAGAUAAGGCCAUGGGUCGAGAAUAG